ACCACCACCAAAGCAUAUCACAACCAAACAGAGUUCAACAAAGAAGAGAUCUAGCUACGGCCUAUAUCUUUAGUAUUAACCAUUUUUCAAUGGCCUCUAUUAAAAUUUUCGUCGCUUUAGCUCUUGUUUCAGCAAUCAUUGCUCCGGCUUUGGCAACAGACUUUGUGGUUGGAGAUGACGCUGGCUGGAAAACCAAUUUCGAUUACAAGACAUGGGCUGCUGACAAAGAGUUUCAUGUUGGCGAUAAACUCAUUUUUAACUAUCCUGCUGGAGUUCACAAUGUUCACAAAGCGGAUUUAGCUUCAUUUCAGAGUUGCACACCAGCGGCAACAAGUGUUGCCCUCACUACUGGGAGUGAUGUGAUUACCCUUGCAAGUGAAGGCAAAAAAUGGUACUUAUGCAGUAUAGCUUCUCACUGUGCCUCCGGAAACAUGAAGCUUGCAAUAACAGUGUUACCUCAGGGAGAAUCUCCUGCUCCAGCUCCUGAAGUUUCUGCAGCUACCGGAUUUGGAGGCUCUACACAUAUGUUAUGGAUUGGUGCAGCAUUCGCAACAUUAAUGAUGAUGAUUUAAUUACAAACAGAGAGUUGAGUGAUGUUUAAUUUUAUAUUACUAUGUGGUAUUUACGGUCAAAUUAUGGUUUGUUUCAUUACAAUUUCUUUUUGUUAAGUAUUAUCAUAACAAUAUUUCUUGAUGUAAUUAAUGAAUGAUAAUCGAAGAGUUUUGCAUUCCCGCCAGAUAUUACAGGCUUA